UAACAUGUUUAAAGUAUAUAGCACAACAGUAGCAUAAUCAUUUCUAACAACGUAAAAAUUGAUGAGUUCUUGAAUGAAUAAAAUAAUAAUGGGCUACUGUUUCAACACGUGAAAAAUGAUAUACCGUUAAUCAUGUUGAUAUUUUGUACUAAUAAAUUGAAGUGAUGACAGGUUUAAAUGGAAAUAUUAAACAUUAAGUCUCAUAAGAAUUUAUCUUGACCUUAUAUACACUUAUAGAGAUAUUUUCUAUUUUAGAUAGAUGCGAAUUAUUUACGAGAUCUUUAUGAUGUAUUUUGAAUAAUUCUAAUCAUAUUAUUAUAAUAAAUAGAUUGAAAACUAACCAGACUGAAUAAUAUUGAUUGGUGAUUGAGUGGGGAUGAGUGUUGAGUCCGUCGUUUCUCUAUUUAAGUGUGCCAUGGUGCACUGGCUCACCUUUUCUAAAGAAUUAUUCGGAAUUUAAUUUUCGUGGUGAUAAUCGAAGAAUAAAGCAAAUCUAUCGAAUGAAAAGAAUAAAGAAUACAUGUUUGACAAGACAUCAAAGAAAUGGAAUAUAUACCAGCAACUGCAGCCAGCCAAAAUUUGGUUUGCGAUGUAAAACAUUGUUUAGUUUAUAUUUACUUAACUUUCGAACAAUAUUUAUUAAAUUAUAUAUAACGAACCUUGAUCAGGUUUAGUACAAGUGUAACAUAAGUCUAGAGAGUUCAACUAUUGCUGGAUUUUUGAAAUACUAAUAUACAAACAUGGUAUCAUUGAGGUCAGGUAUAUGAGUCUAUAAAGACCUCAGCAUAAUAGUUAUUAAGAACAAAAAUGAACUUAAAAACUAGAAGAAAACAUAUACAAAAGGAAAAAAAAAAUCAAGAAAGAGCGAGAUUAAGCAAUGGGAACAAUAUCGUCAAUCUUCUCAAAGCCAAAACCACCACAUAACUACGAAGCGAUUCUAAAAUAUUCAGACUCUGCUCUUCCUCCUGAUGCUACGUGUCUCUUGACAAGUUAUACCCUCAGCUAUUCGAUGGCGUUUUCUUGAAGGACAAGAAACAGGUCUUUAACUUGUUGUUGUUGAACUUCCUAUUAUUUUUCGGGUGAAUUGGUGAAAUAACCAAAAGAAAAACUAAAAUUAAUUUGUUAGAGAGAGAUAGGAAGAGAAAAAAAUAGAGAGAAUGGGGAUUUGAUUAUUUUGUGAAUUAUUGUUUUUUUGUUGGUUAUAAGGUGCAAUUUCCCUUAUUUUUCUUGGUUUGAUUCAAUAAAGAGAAACACCAACUAAAAGACUAUAAAAUUUUAUAUAUAUGUUAGUGCAGAUUAAUUAGAUUUUAUUGAUGAUGGAAUUUGAUAUUCAGAAGUACUGGAUAGAGGGUAAAGCUAAGAAGAACUGCUUCAUGUUGUACGCGAGAGAUCUAGCGAUUUCAUUGGCUGAGUUUCAAACAAAUAAUAACUGGAGUUGGUUUACUGAUAUAGACCAAACAUCCAGUGAUGCAAGAAUUGAGGUUGCAAAGCUGGAAUGGGUAGCUUGGUUAGAAGUGUUUGGAAACUUUGAGAUGGAGAAUCUAACUCCCAACAGUUUGUACGAGGUUGUGUUUGUGGUUAAGCUGGUUGAUCCUGCGCAGGGAUGGGAAGUUCCGGUUUACUUCAAACUGGUUUUACCGACAGGAGAAACCAAAGAGCGGCAAGAGAAUAUGACUAUGCUAGGAAGAAACCGGUGGGUGGAGAUUCUGGCCGGUGAGUUCAGGACAUCGCCGGAAUAUAUUUUCGGGAAGAUUGAGUUUUCGAUGUAUGAGGUUAAAGGUGGGUUGUGGAAGUCCGGUCUGGUUGUGAAAGGUGUUGCUAUAAGACCCAAGAAUUAAAAUAUUAAAUCUUGUAAGCUAAAACAAUAAAAUUGAAUACGAAAGUCACUAUGAUCUAACCAAUGGUGGUAGUCCAGUGGCGCUUGAGGGACUAAACCUAAUACGGCGAACCCUGGUUUGAAUUCCACUAGCCACACGGAUAUGGGCUAUUGGUUUCGGCUCAUUUAAAUGCCCAAGAGAGGAUCUAUUCAUGGGUUGUAUCUCCAUCCGGAGGUUAAAUCUGUGUCUUUAAUAGAUCCGGGUUUAGCCCUUUUUUAUCAAAAAAAAAAAGUCACUAUGAUCUAUGUACAUCAUAUAAAUGAUAUGUUUACGAAGUCCAAGCAAUGGCUUAGACAAUAGCAGCAAUAAAUUGCUGGAAAGAAUAUAUGAUUGUAAAGCGCAUCA